AAUCCCUGCGUUGCUAUCUCUAUCUCCCUCCCCAACCGGGUGCUUUCGCUAGGCCGCCUCCUCGCUUCUCUCUCCCCUUUAGGUGGCCCGGAGAGCGUCCCGUUUCUUUCAUUGGGAAGAAAUAAGAAUGAGGAUUGUUUUUAUUUAUUCUCUAUUGAAAGCAUUGGCCGCCCAACUUCAGUGAACUCCUGGGCAGUGCACAAUACUAAAGGGUGGGGGGAGAGAGAGAGAGGAAACAUUAAUAAUAACAAUAAUAACGUCCCAGUUUUUAGCUGCAAAUUUUGUCCUCCGCUUAAGGCACAGCCAGGUCGUUUCAUUUCCCCAAUCUGGGCCUUCCAGGGGUCUUGCAAAAACGUCUUCCAGAAACUUCCAGGUUACUUUCUCAGGGAUGACUCAGUUAGGUGCCAUUGCAGCUUUGGCUGCUAGCCUAGUGGCAGCUUCUCUUUUUUCUGCAAUACACAAGAUUGAAGAAGGGCACAUUGGUGUUUACUACAGAGGAGGAGCACUUCUGACAUCUACAAGUGGACCUGGCUUCCAUCUAAUGCUCCCCUUCAUAACUUCCUAUAAAUCAGUACAGACCACCUUACAAACAGAUGAAGUAAAGAAUGUUCCAUGUGGCACAAGGUAAGGUUGGACCCCCAUCC